UCUUCGGAGCAUACGUGCCCGGCCAAUGCGACCCUAAAUAUGCCGGGCUCUGUCCUCCAUACAAAAGCAAGCUUCGGUGCGAUCAAUCAAACUCUCUAAAAAAAAUUACCAUCCACUACUCAUUCCCCCAUGUUGAGAUCCAGUGUAAGACAAUUUGUCAGAUUUAACUCGUCCAAGGCCGGCCAUUACGAUGCCGUGGUCAUUGGUGGAGGUCCAGGUGGCUACAUCCAUGCCAUCAAGUUGGCCCAGCUCAACUACAAGACCGCAUGUAUUGAGUCCCGUGGCUCCCUUGGAGGUACCUGUUUGAACGUGGGAUGUAUUCCUUCCAAGGCCUUGUUGAACAACUCGCACUUGUACCACCAAAUUAAGCACGAUUCCGCCAACAGAGGUAUUGAGAUUGCUGGCGAUGUUUCUGUCAAUGUGGAGAAAUUGCAGGCUGCUAAGGAGAAGGCUGUCAAUGGCUUGACUUCCGGUAUUGAGAUGCUUUUCAAGAAGAAUGGUGUCACCUACUUGAAGGGUCACGGCUCUUUUGUGGACGACAACACCGUUUCUGUUAAGCCAAUUGACGGUUCCGAAGAGUACAAGGUCACUGCAGACAACAUCACCAUUGCUACCGGAUCCGAGCCUACUCCAUUCCCUGGCAUUGAGAUUGACGAGGAGAGAAUCGUUUCUUCUACCGGAGCUUUGGCUUUGAAGGAGGUUCCAAAGAAGAUGGCCAUCAUCGGUGGUGGUAUCAUUGGUUUGGAGAUGGCCUCAGUGUGGUCCAGAUUGGGCUCUGAGGUUACCAUCAUCGAGUUCCAGAACGCCAUCGGUGCUGGUAUGGACGGUGAGGUUGCUAAGUCCACCCAGAAGUUGUUGGCUAAGCAGGGCUUGAAGUUCAAGUUGGGCACGAAGGUCACCAAGGGUGUUAGAGAGGGCGACAACGUCAAGGUCGGAAUUGAGGACGUCAAGUCCGGUAAGACCGAAGAGAUCGACGCCGACGUGUUGUUGGUUGCCAUUGGUAGAAGACCAUACACCAAGGGUUUGAACUUCGAAGCCAUUGGUUUGGAGGCCGACGACAAGGGAAGAUUGGUCAUUGACUCUCAGUACAGAACUGCCAAGCCACACAUCAGAGUCAUCGGAGACGUGACUUUUGGUGCCAUGUUGGCCCACAAGGCCGAAGAGGAGGGUGUUGCUGCUGCUGAGUUCAUCAAGACCGGUCACGGCCAUGUCAACUACGGUAACAUUCCUUCUGUUAUGUACACUCACCCAGAGGUGGCUUGGGUUGGUGCCACCGAGGAGCAGUUGAAGGAGCAGGGUAUCAAGUACAAGGUUGGUAAGUUCCCAUUCAUUGCCAACUCCAGAGCCAAGACCAACUUGGACACUGACGGAUUUGUUAAGUUCCUCGCUGAUGCCGAGACCCAGAGAGUCUUGGGAUGCCACAUUAUUGGACCAAACGCUGGAGAAAUGAUUGCUGAGGCCGGUUUGGCUUUGGAGUACGGAGCAUCCACUGACGACAUUGCCAGAGUGUGCCAUGCUCACCCAACUUUGUCUGAGGCAUUCAAGGAGGCUGCCAUGGGUACUUUUGGUAAGACUCUUAACUUCUAA